AUCUUCCAGCAAAUGGAAAGAUUGUUCGAGAGAGGUACAAACACUUUUCUUUAUUUAAGGCUCUGGCCUUUCGCCCCAACUGAUCUAAGCGGCAAGAUGAGACUGAAUUUGAGGGCCGGCAGAGGUCGCUGACGCCCAGGAAGAGAGACAGAGUGAGCGUGGCAAGGGGAGCCCAGGAGCUUUGACAUCACACUAAGCUCCUCCUUGCACGCACUCAUUACACACACACACACACACACACACACACAACAUACACAGACACGCACAAAUCGCUGUACCCCUGUCCGCACGCUCCCCACCCCCCAUCCCAUCCACCGGGGACCGUCCCCUCCCUCGACAAGUGAGCGUCCCGGGCGUAGCCACCUAGUCAGGCCAGGAGCGCAGCGCCCACUACCCUGGGGAACCCACGCGCAGCCGGAGCGACCGCCGCGACUGCAGCUGGACAGACAGUCCCAGCCCCAGGGACCUCGAGCAACCUGACCCCGCCCCGCCCGGCCGCGACGAGCAGAGCCGCCAACCUCUCCAAACUCCAGGACCCCCGCCACCCCUAUGAGAGAAGGCGACGCAGGGCAGAGAGGAGCAGGACGCCCGGCAGCCAGAUUCCCCUGCAAGCUUGCAGCGUCCGCUCGGUGUCGGGGCCGCGAUCACCACCCGGGAAGCCGGAUGCCAGCGCCGCGCGUCGGCUGAGAGGGGACAGGGCCGGCUUUGCCCGCUCGCCCGGAAUCCGGUCUCCGCAGCGGCUGCGUGUCCCAGCUGGGGCCCCGCCGGCCCGGGAGUGAGCCGCAGCGACAGGAGGACCCAAGCGGCCGACCCGGGGUUGGCCCGGGCUGGGGAAGGAGGGACGGAGCGGGAGGAGGGCACAGGGGGCGGGGAGGGGACCCCGGAGGAGAGAGAUGGCAAUGUCUCUCAUCCAAGCGUGCCGCAGUCUGGCUCUCUCAACAUGGCUGCUUUCCUUUUGUUUCGUGCAUCUGCUCUGCCUGGACUUCACCGUGGCGGAGAAGGAGGAAUGGUACACCGCCUUCGUGAACAUCACCUAUGCGGAGCCCGAGCCCGGGGCCGCGGUGGCGGGCGGCGGCGGCGGCGCCGAGCUGCACACGGAGAAGACCGAGUGCGGACGGUACGGUGAGCACUCGCCCAAGCAGGACGCGCGCGGCGAGGUGGUCAUGGCCAGCUCGGCCCACGACCGCCUGGCUUGCGACCCCAACACCAAGUUCGCCUCGCCGGCCCACGGCAAGCACUGGAUAGCCCUCAUCCCCAAGGGCAACUGCACCUACAGGGAUAAGAUCCGGAACGCGUUCCUGCAGAACGCCUCGGCCGUGGUCAUCUUCAACGUGGGCUCCAACACCAACGAGACCAUCACCAUGCCCCACGCAGGUGUGGAAGACAUCGUGGCUAUAAUGAUUCCUGAGCCCAAAGGGAAGGAGAUAGUAAGCCUGCUGGAAAGGAAUAUCACCGUGACCAUGUACAUCACCAUCGGAACCCGGAACUUGCAAAAAUAUGUGAGCCGCACAUCGGUUGUGUUUGUCUCCAUCUCCUUCAUUGUCCUGAUGAUCAUUUCCCUCGCAUGGCUGGUCUUUUAUUAUAUCCAGAGGUUUCGAUAUGCAAAUGCCAGGGACAGGAACCAGCGCCGUCUGGGAGAUGCAGCAAAGAAAGCCAUCAGCAAGCUCCAGGUCAGGACCAUCAGGAAGGGCGACAAGGAAACAGAGUCUGAUUUUGAUAACUGUGCUGUCUGCAUCGAAGGGUACAAGCCCAAUGAUGUGGUGAGGAUCCUGCCCUGCCGGCAUCUUUUCCACAAGUCCUGUGUUGACCCCUGGCUUCUAGACCAUCGCACCUGUCCCAUGUGCAAGAUGAACAUUCUUAAAGCCCUAGGGAUCCCGCCCAAUGCCGACUGCAUGGAUGACUUGCCCAUUGAUUUUGAGGGCUCUCUAGGAGGCCCACCAACCAAUCAGAUCACAGGCGCCAGUGAUACCACAGUAAACGAAAGCUCAGUCACUUUGGACCCUGCUGUGAGGACAGUGGGAGCCCUGCAGGUGGUCCAGGACCCAGACCCUGCACCCCAGGAAGGAGAAGCCAUCUUUACAACUAACAGUGACCAGGAGCCAGCAGUGAGCAGUGACUCUGACAUCUCAUUGAUUAUGGCACUGGAAGUGGGACUGUCUGAUGUAGAACUUUCCACUGACCAAGACUACGAAGAGGUGAAAUCUUGAGAUGGUAGAAACAGAGAAAAGGAAACACAGGACCCAGGGGGACAAGAAGGAAGCAUGCUCCGAGACUUGAACUGGAUACACAGCCUUCAGCUCGCCAUGGCAACCCCAGGGCACUCUGUUCAAGGGUGGUAACGGAAGCAAUAUCCAAAGUCUGCAGAAUCAGGAUGCGGGUUCCCAUCUCUGCAACAAUCUGUGGCCUUGGUGUGGAAGCGGAAAGCUGGAUUCCUCCGUGUCAGCGCAGACACGCAGCAGAAGGUCCUGCCGCAGGCUGGAAGGAGACCUGUGUGGCUUCUUUCAGCUUCUCCCAUCUUCUUGUUCUUGUUUGGAGAAGAUGGUCUAAAUCCCUGGCAAUUUCUUUUUAAAGAUGAUGUGUAGUUUACAUCUGUCCCCUUGUUUCCCUUUGAUUCACUCUGGCCCUUGUACAGAGGUCUGUUUAAAAGUCCUGGUUGCUGCUCCAAUGAUCAGUUAGUACCACAUCUCUGAGAUUUAUAGUCAUGAGCUCUCAGUAUGAAGUGUGUAUGACUUCGAGAAUUGCCUCAGCACCCUGAAAUGGUGGAAGGCUGGAAUUUAUCAAGUGUCUAACUCCCUCCUCUAAGAGGGUCUUGACGAACCCAGCUGCCAGAGACAGUGACAGCAAGUUCUGGAUCUGCUGAGUCCAUUGCUCAUUAUUUUCACCUACAUCAUGUAGGGCCUCCACUUGCCGUGCUCUGUCCAGGGCCACCUUGGCAGAAAGAGCUUUCAGGGAAGAGGGUGGUGCAUCUGACUGCAGGGUCUUACUCUAAAACUCAGAAGUUCCCCACAGGGCAUGAAUCCAAUGCUUAGAGUGUGUGGAACUAUAAGCCCGGUUUAAAAAUCUGAUACCCUGUCUUCCCAGGGCUAGGAAGAUGGCUGUCUCCCUGGUUAUCCCCAAGGCCUUAGCAGUCUAUCACCUUUGUAAGUGAGUUCUGUGGGUGCAGGCUAUAGAGAAGACACAAUCGUCUUUUUUAGGUCACUGGCAUCCAGGUGUAAACUAACUUCCGGUUCUGUUCUGUUAAUCCUCACCAGCCUACAUGGAAAGCUCUAAAUAAAUCCUUAGCACUUUGCAGCUUGGGUCUUCCUAAGAGCAUCUUGCUACCAAGAGGAGGAUGAGGUAUGAUUUGAUAAGGUCUGAGCCAAAAAGCACGUCAUGGGGAAUUGCUAAAUCGAGUUUCUCCUGAUUAUGAGAAACAAACAAACAAAAAAUAACCAAUGACUAUCAAAAUCCACCUUACUAUAAAGUAGUUUAUGAUUUUAUUCUUUGUUUGUUUGUUUGAAAUAAUGACAAAAAAUGUGCUGUUUUUCAUGUGAACAGUUUUGUGAUCCAUGCACCCUCUGCAGAGGGUGACCAGGAGGAUCUCCUCAUCAUCUCUAGCAGUUGGCAAGGUCACACAGAGCAGGGAUUAACCAGGAAAGCAAGCUCUUCCCACUGAGCUGUAUUUAUGUGUUUGAUUCGGGCUUUUCCACCUCAUUACACUAAUACUCCUUCAAACAGGGCUUGGCUGAGCUGUGAAUCCUUGCUGCCCACUGGAAUGUUGAGUCCAGAGCAGCAGAGUUCCUGGCUGCUCUUUUUCUUGCUACCUUUAGUGAGGUCCUAUCUGAUGGUGUAUGCGUACAGCAAGGCAAAGGGAAACAGCCUUCAGGAAAACCUCUUCUGUCCAAGGUCCUGCACGGCCCAUAGUUAACUCCAGCCUCCAAAGGCUGAGAAGAUCCAUCGGGAGGAAGUAGGAGAGCUCUGAACCAGGAUGUGUACAAUGAGGAAUUUAGCAGAUGCUGAACCAGGAUGUGUACAAUGAGGAAUUUAGCAGAUGCUGAACUGGGAUGUGUACAAUGAGGAAUUUAGCAGGUGACUCUCACAGUUCGCUCUUUUUUGGAUCACUCAUUUGCACUUCUCCAGUGGGAUCUUUUGUGAAAACAACUGUGUCACAUAGCAAAUUUUGAUAUGAAGUCUAAUGAAAUUAGGGUAAUUCGACAGCAAAAGACAUACAAAUUAUAUUGCAUGCCCAGGGAGAAAAAGUGUUGGUGGGCAUUUUCUGUGUUUGGUGGGAGUUUUCUGGCCAAUGGUCAGGUAAAUUGCCGUUUACAUAAGCAAGCCCUUGACCUGAUAUCCUAUAAGAGCCUGAAUGGAUGAUGAAGGGUCCAAAUGUCUGUUCUCUUUACCAUAGCCUUCCCUGAUACCCUUCCACAAUAAGAGACUCUGACGUGGGGGCCCAAUAAACCACACAUGGCUGUACAACCCAGAAAUGCAAACUGAAUAGGCAUUUACAUGCAUGCAGUUUUCUGUAGCAAGUAUCUGCACCAACUCUGUCAAACAGAAAUACAGCCCAAGUCACAGACACUUUUUUUAAAUUUUCCAUUACCCACAUUUUAAGAAGCAAAAAAAAAAGGUGAAAAUAAUUUAUUAAUAUUCUUAUUUAACCAAAUAUUAUUGUUUUAACAUGCAAUUGAUAUGGAAAGUAUUAAGGAAAUAUUUUCCUCUCUUUUUUAUUGUAGCUUCUAAGUCCAUUAUGUCUUUUACACACACAACACAUCUCAAUUUUCACUAGCCACAGCUUAGCUUUCAGUAGCCACAUGUGCCUAGUAGCCACCAGCUAGAAAACACAGCCUGAGAGAUGCUCCAGAAUCCUUAAAAGGACAGAAGAAAAGGGAGAAGAUUACCUCAGUUCUCACGGAGAGAACCAGACUCCACCCAAGCCACCUAAAGAGAGGGCCUGGGGUGUACUUGUUUCAUAAUUAAUAUUGGUUCAAACAGCCUAUACUAACUUCCUGCUUGAACUUUCUAAGCACUAAUGUCCACUAUCAUCAACUGUUACUUCUCUGACAAGUUGUUUGUUAAAAAAACAACAACAACAACAACAAGACAACCAACCAUGCCGAUUUGGAGCUUAAAUGAAAUUACACCCCUCACUUCUAUGACAAACCUUGAGACUCACGUGUGACACUUAGCCAAAGAGAAUUUACCUCAACCCCUAAUUCUUCUCUUUGUGGCUGCCCAGUUCUAGAGUAGACGUCAGAGGCCUGAGGAAAAGCACAGGGAACUGUAGACUGACCCCAUGUAUACAACCGUGUGGCCCUGUCAAGAAGGGAUUGGGAAGCUGGUAACCCUUCAGCUUAGUGAAUGGCCAGCAGCUUUCAGUUCAGCAUCACCCAUCAUGCUUAGGCUAUGGGAGGGAAAGAGGAUUGAAUCCCUUCAGAGUCACCUUCAGAAUGGCUUUCUCCAAGGUGGUUAGUAAUCUUGGGAGCCAAUGCCUCAUAAAUACAGCAUUUGAACACUGACUACCCCCUAGAACUUGGUCAUGCCUUCAGUGUCAAUUCUGGUCACACAACCCAGGGACAGAUGCAGUAUGGAGAAAGUAUGAUGAUAAAUGUAACAGAGGCACCCAGCUACUUCAACACUGCAUGUAGCAUCCUGGCCAUGGAAACGAGUCUCUGUCCAAAGGUUUUUGUGUUGUUGUUAUUUUUGCUUUAGUAUUUUUCUCAUCUGUGAGUAUUCACGGGUCUUCGAUAGUCAUGUGGUCCUAUUAAGAACAGUUGUGCCCAGUAACCAUUUCGGCUACAGUCCAGACAUCCCUGGGGCUACCACACUUCCAGGACCAUAAAGUACGACAGUCUGCCUAAGAUUCAUUGUUGUAAGUUUAGUUGGUGUGAAAUAAAUUACAGAGUGUAAGAAUUUAAUAGUGUUUAGUUGUCCACUGAAUGCAUAUCCUUGGCUGAACAAGAAAAUUACCCAAUAAAAACUUACAGAAAUUUUAGGGAGUAGUGUCACGCCCCGUAUGAAGAGAAGGCCCAGCCUUCUGCAGUACUGAGGCCAUUGAGAUGACAUCCUGUAGCAGUCUUAACUUCUCUGCCUUGGGUUUCUUCAUUUUCCUGUGUUUCUGAUUGCCUGUUUCCUUGUAUACACAUGUGCAUGCACGCGCACACACACAUGCACGCACGCUCGCACACACUCACGUGCGCGCACACACACUUUCCCUAUCUUACCCCUCAUUUCUUUUUUCGUCCUAUUCUAGUUUUUAUUUUGUCACGUUUUCUCCCUACAAGGAAUGCUCCAGUAACACCCACCUGCUGCUGCUCCCCACCCCCCAGCUUGGUGCUGGAAGUCCCCUGAGUAAAUACUGGUGAGGCUACAAUUCCAGGAUGCUGUGGAGAUCUGCUAUCUUACAUGGCCAGAAACUAUAACCUUCUAGUCUGUGUGCCCCAGGAGCAGGUUCUGUGGCUCCUCCGUCUGACAUCUGCCCAAGCUCAGUGCCUAGCUUCAGGGCUUGCUUCCUGGACAUGAUCGUGAGCCACUAACACUGUCAAAGAGGAACAAAAUCCCACUCCUCCAAAGGUCAAAGGUUGGGCUGCCUGCUUUCUUGAGUAGCAUCUCUGUCCCUGCUGGGAAGGAGCAGGGUUGAUGGCUGCAUUUCACAGGGGAGGUGACCCAAAGGACAGCAACAAGGAGGUGGGAUCCCAAGUCAAAGCAAGACUGGCUAAGUGGGAAGUCUCUAGAAAAAUGCCCCUCCCCUGGGUUUAGAGCUUAUCAGUGGGUCCCAGGGAGAAUGGGUGUUUAAGAAUUCAAUAUUCGUGAGUUAAAACACUCUUGAAUUGCAAAGAAGAUGGGAAUAGCCUGGAAAGCAAGUAAGUCUUAGUUUCUCACUGAUACGUAGGUAGCUCUCUCUCUGCCUGGCUCCCAACACCAGGCCCUUUACAGUGGGACAGUAGUGUUUAAAGUCCGGUAGAUAGAAAGCUACUGUGCCCCACUGUGAGCCUUUUGGUGGCACAGUGCUGUUCCAGAACUAAUGAAACCAGUGCAAAUCCUGGAUGUGGAUUUUUAAUUACCACCCCCUUUGAUCACAUCAGUUCCUGUCCUGUAAGAGCCCUCUCUGUCACUCACUCUCUCCCUGUCUUAUGCCCUUCAUAAUCAAGUGGCUCUUCAUGAACCUCAGUGGCCAGACCCCCGAACCCCGUGGCACUGUUCAUGUCCACACUCACUGCACAGCUGUUUGUUCUCUGGCCGUGUGAUACGUGUUUGUUGAGGAUAAUUAGGUGAGAUUGUGUUUCUUGUAAGAGCUCUAAACACAGGCAGACUGAAAAUCUACGGAGAACGGAGAGAAAGCUGAGGUACUCAAAGUCAUUGCUGAUAGAAAGUCUGUGGGGUGGCCAUCCUUAGGCCAGCGGUGACCUUGGGGAAACAGGAAAGAUGUGAGGACCAUGUGUGCUAAAUAAACCAAAGACUGACACCUCCCCCGCAAUGGACACAUGCUCUUCCAUGAACUAGCUGAAUUUUCUCCAGAUGUUCUCACAAACAAAAGUCAAGAUGGACCCUUGGUGGCUUUGAUUUGGGGGGUGGGGGGGCUGCUGCUUGGUCUUGCUAAAUCCACAACUCUGAAGUAGAUAACUGUGGCCUUGGUGACAUGUCAUCUUUGAUCUCUAGUGUUUAACCCUCUUUUCCCUCCAAAGCUUCCAGACAAAUCUACCACUUAUAUUGAACUCAGACUAUUGUUUGUUUUCUUUGAGAAUGUGGAGAUUUUAAAUAGCCAAAGAAUUUUCAUGUAUAAAAGCUAGCGCACUGUAGUGUAUCCUGUUCUUUGAAGAAAAUACCAAAUUGUCACCUGUAGGAAAAGAACAGCGGAAGGACAGCGCAUGGACUUAGCACUCUAAACUUGUGUUGGUUUGUCAGUGCUGUAGGAUGUUAUUGUAAGGGGCAGAGCGCCCUCUGCUGGAACAAUACCUAGAUUAUUUCAGCAAAUUUAUUUGCCAUGGGUUUCCAUUUCAAAGUGUGUCUUACUUUUCAUCCAUACCAUUCCCUCAAUAGUGGAGAAAUUGGUUGACACUUAUUAAAUGAGGAGAGAAAAUCAUGAACUCUAAAGAGCUGUGGGAGACCUCAUCAGACCCGCUUUAAAACGUUGCUGUGUUCUGUUGCUGUCUGGGAAGGUGCUUCCGGCUAGGAUGUAUGCAGAAUUAUCAGCAGAGGUCUGUUUGACUUAGCUCCACUUCCUCAUGUGAAAUCUCAAAGGAAGGUCAAUAAAAGGACUUCUUCCGUAUGAAUGUAAAUGGUGUGAAAUACCCAAGUGUUUUGUAUGUGUACAGAAUCAAUUUACUUCCUGCUUUCAACUUACUAAUAGGAAAUGAUUGUACCAUUUUAUAAUUGGGAGAGAGCUGGAGGUGGGACAGGGUGGGAAGGGGGUGCUAUUUUUAUAGUGGGAUGUCCAUUAUGCUUAGAAAACUUGAAGUAAUUUUGUAUUGUGAAGUUACAUUCCAUUCGUUCCCAGGGGUGAGGGUCUUCUUUAAAACUCUCAUCAGAUGGAAGGAAGAAUUCUCUCAUUUGCAGGAGAAUCUCUUGAGUGUCUGUGGUACCAUAUGUGGCACACACUUCUGUAACCUGCAGACCAUAACCAGCAAUUGUCAAGUUCAAAAGCAGGGGCAGGGGGUAGGGCGCAUUUUUUUUUAACUCUCUGUGUAACACAUUAUUUGUGAUUUUCUUUAAAAAAAAAUCUACAAAGAAUGGAUUUGCAAGUCUGAAAUAAUCAAGCAUGACAUCAUAAGUCUUUCUCCAGCAUCACUAUACCCAGACAAAGGGAAAAUCCAGUGGCUUUGAUUUCCUUUCCUUUCCUUUCCAUUUAAUGACAUGAACCAUGUGCUUCUGUUGUAAAGGAUGGUGCCACGGUCAGCAUUUUACUGAGCUUGCCCACGAGGUCACUUUGGCAGGUUCAUGGCUCCAGUGUAGGAUGACCCCUUCCCAGCAUUUCUCCUCAUUUCAGUCUGAGGACAGGAGAUGGGCUUUUCCUCAACUUCUUCGCCCUCUGACCCACAAAUUACAAGAACCAACUCUGAGUGGUUUUCCAUGGGGAAUUUUGGACUUGGAGUUUGGUUCACUCUCAUGUGCUGAAAUAUGGCAGUGGUGUGUCUACAUCCAUGCUGGGAAGAUAUCAUGUGCUCUGCAGAGUCCCCUGCAUAUUUACAUGCGUGUUCUUUCCUGUUUGUGGUCUGUUCAGUCCCUUCCUCCCCACCCUGGACACCUACCCUACUUCUCUUAAGCACUUUAUAUCUCUUUAAGUACAAAAGAAAUUGGAAGAAAGGAAAAACCAAACCACCCCUGGCUUUAGAGGACUGGGUCUUCUGUUAGGAAAGGCAGAUUCGGUUUGCUUCGGUGUCUUCUCGGUGAGCUGGGAGAGCAUCUGUGGCUCGUCGGGUCCUCACUAGUGAUGAGAUGUUAAGGAUGACAGUUGGAAACACUCGAUCAGACAUAACUAUUUUCAUUAAAGACUAUAAUGUAAAUAAGUGCAACUGUGUUCUGAUGUACGGUCAAAAGAUGUAUGAACUAUAAAGAACUUAACACGAGGAUUGUGACUUCCAGGGAAUUUUUGUUUGUUUUGUUGUUUUGGGUUUUUUUUUUUUAAUAAAAUGGAAACAGAU